AUGAAAGAUGAAGAAGAUGUUACGGUACAAGGUAUUAAUUACACACAAGUCGAAUUUAGUUUUCCUCAUCCAGUCAACAAUAACAACAACAAAUAUAUCUUGGCUAUACAAGAGGAGGAUGGGAAGAGGAAGGAUACAAGAGAUCGAUCAAAAAGUAUCGUUGGGGCACGAUGGAUGGUGGAUGCCCCUUCAACUAAUGAUCAAGAUCGAUUAGAUAGAUUAGAUUGGGAUUGUUGUUGUGUUAUUGUUUACAAUUUAUAA